UGAUAUGAGAAACCUCACAGUCCAAUGGAGCAAUCUUCAUUUUAGACCCAAAAAAAGGAUUCAUAAUCUCCAUAGGAGAAAUGUACGAGCUCAACCCAGUCAGAUUGCUGGACCACUUGUUUUCGACUUUUGACUAAAGCGAAAAGUCGGAAAAUCUAGAAGUGAAGGGGGAAAAAAAAAGCAAUAAAGUAGAAAGGCAAGAAACCCAACCCAAUAAAAUUCCUUCACUAAAGCUUGACAAUGAAUUCUCAAAAACAGUUCAAUCCAAAACUAGAACUAAGGGCCUCUCCACGUUUGAUAUAUGGCGUCAAAAUGUAAAAAAAGAAACCCCAUUUUUUCCCCAACUCUGUCUGCCCAACAGGUGUUUGUGAUUAUGACACACAGCCAACUCCCGAAUUCUUCUAUGUGCUGUGAAUUAGAGGCUAUAAGGUGUAGGAUGAAAUAAAAAAAAAAAGAAAGAAAAAGAAAGAAAGAAAGAAAUGGGUUUCUUUUCUUUUUCUUUUUUCCUUUAUGUUUUUUUAGCCUCAUGUUUGUUCUUUUGUUUCUGUUUUUCUUAUUAAUUCCUUAUGAGAGAUUGAGAACCAUCCACAAAAGUGAUAAAAAAAAGUGGGCAAGUGGUCACAGGAUUAAUGGCGGGUUUUUCUUUUGAAAAAAACAGCAAAAAGACCAAUAUGAAACCCACGUUCCUACUUAACAGCUUAACUGUCUCAAUAACUGCUACUGCUCUCUACCAUUAUCUUCUAUGAAUCACUUUCUUCUUUCAUGUUCCACUAUCCCAUAUACUUUUCUAACGUAAGAAACUUCUGUUUUUUUUUUCUUCUUUUUGGUUCUUUUUGUAUCAAUUCAACUUAAAUCCCCUUCUUCCUCCGCUGAAAUUAUGAAAUGGGGUAGGAGGAAACCGCAUAAUCCUUCUUCUUCUUCUUCCACUUCUUCUUCUUCCUCCUCUAGGCCAUCUUUCAUGUCUAAUAUCUUGCCUGCUUCUUGGCUUUCAAAGCUCAAGCAAAAGAAAAGUAACCAAGAAGCUAGACCCAGAAAAGUUAAGGGAACAGAGAAACGGAGUUCUCCUUGCAUUCAAUCGCCUGAUUUUGCUAAUGUGACUCCCUCCCCUGGUCAAGUGAAUGGUAAUCGUAAUCGUCUAUGUACCGGUGAUAAUGGUGAAUUUUGGAAGCUGCCCUUUGGAGGAGAAGAUAUUGAUGUGAAGAAGAGUAGUGAGAUUUUGAGGUCAGUGUGGUACAACUCAGAGAAUGAGCAUGAUCUUCCACGUACAAGUUGUAGAAGUUGCAGAACUAAAUAUACAGAAUUUGAGGGAAAUGAAGAGAUUCAGAAUUUGGACGACAUGGUUUCGAGGAUGACAAGGAGAAGAAGAAGGAGGAGAGAAGCUCCAAUCCAAGUGAAGCUUUUGAGAAGAGAGAGUGAAACUGAAUCAACAACUCCAAGGAGCAAAUAUAGAGAAAAUGGGAACUUCGGGAAUUUCGGUAAAAAAGGGGUGGAGAAGAAGGGAUUUAAACCAGAGAGGGAAACAGAUAAAGGGAAGGAGAUCAGAGCAAGAAGAUUAGUGGGGAAGAAAAUGCUGGGGGUUGAAGAAGAGUCUGGAGUUAGGAAGAAUGAGAGAGAUAAAACCAAAUUGACAAAUUCAAGGAAGCAUAGGUAUGUCCCUUCCACCAUGUCCAAAAGUUCCAAUUUAGGAACUAUAGAAGAAAACUGUGUAUUUUCUUCUAUGAAGGCAGAGGAAAGCGAUGGACAUGAUACUUUGGGCAUUGAAAUUGAUUCAGACUGGGAACGAAUGAAGGAAUUGAAGAUCGAAGAAUUGAAGUUAAGAUAUGAAAAGCAAAGACAACCACUCUACAUAAGGAAGGACUCAAAUGAGAAGAAUCCAAAAGGAAGAAGAAAAAUCAGAGUUUAUUCUCCUAGAACAGCCAAUAAAAUCGAGAUCUGCAAGAUUAAAGCAUUGGAGGAUAUGAAGAAAGCUAAGUUAAAGAUGAAGAAGAAGGUAAAAGAAAGCACGGUGGAGGACGAUACAGACUUGGAGAGCUUUGCGGUUGUGAAAUCUUCCUUCGACCCACAACAGGACUUCAGAGACUCAAUGGUUGAGAUGAUCAUGGAGAGAAGAAUCAGUAAAGCAGAAGAGCUUGAAGAACUGUUGGCUUGUUAUCUCACAUUGAAUUCCGAUCAAUACCAUGAUCUCAUCAUCAAAGUAUUUAGGCAAGUGUGGUUUGAUCUGAAUCAGGCUGCUUUAGAAUCAGAAUUACACAAGCAAUUCCCUUGUAAUGAACAACUUGUUUAGUUUAGCUAAUAAUAACAGACAAAUGUAGUAGCAAUCUUAUCUGUUGAAAAAAUCUCAGUUCAUAAACAUUGCAGGCCUUGUUCCUUUUCUCAUAAACUUCCAGGAAAUGUAAUAUUAAAUUAUUGUUUUUCUUUUACAACUCUCAAUACUCAUUUUCUUCA